AUGCAAGAGAAGAAAGGACGCCAGAAGAGUAGUCGAAAAGAACGUGGUAGUAGUGAAACACCCAUAAAAACUGAUAGCUCCCGAUCACGCAAUGAGUCAUCAGCUACUCGAAGCGAUAGCAUAGAGACUGCUGUAAAACCGAUACAGAAGGAAAAGAAAAAAACAGAGCAAAAGAAAAGCGGUAAUAGACUGUAUUUCAACAAAAUAAGAUUUUGUCAUACUGUUGGAUUUAUCUGCGCUGUUGUGGUAGCUAUAGUCUUUUUUUAUUUCUUCAAUGAGGAUUUAAAUCAGAGCUUUCCUUGCCAUUGUUGCACAUCAACGGAGCCGUUAGUGUCUGCCUUUUCGACAAAGAGGUUUGGACUCACUGGCAUCCAUCUGCAGCGCAUGAACUCUGCUUUGGUUGAAAAGCAACUCUCUACCCUUCCCAAGUGUGUCACGCUUCAUCGAUUAACUACUCCAUUUGACAGUGUUACUUCGUUUUUGCAGCGUCUCAAGAGAGACGCUGCUGCUAAUAGAUGUGUUCUUUGGUUUGUUGAGGAUGUGGGAGUAGUACGAGGUGUGGGGAACUCACUGAAAGAACUUUUUGAGGACAAUGCUUUAAGGGGGGAACCUGUUUUACCCAGAGGCUCCCGUGGACUGUUUGUUGUAAAUUCAGAGAAAAGUCGUGAAGAGCUAAAGGAUAUACUUCCGCACCGUGUAGUGCAUAUGUUGCACACAAUAAAAGUGUAA